AGCGGUCUAGAACUAUUGAGUCGCGUCUUUGUCUGUGAUGACAGAGUGAAUUAGAUAUUAAAGACCUCUUUUAGUGUUAAUUAUUUACCUCUGAGUAGGUAUCUAACUUUUGCCUCCGAAGCCGCAGCGACAGGUUCCAGGACAGAUAAGGAAUGUGUACAAACAGGGCAGAAAAAAAGGCUAUAGCAAAGGAACGACGCAAAAAAAUCAACAAAAUUUUCCGCGGCAUGGCGUCCAACAUGCUGAAGCAUUCCUUCCUGACCUUCCGUUACUACCUGGACCUGAUAAUCGACACGAUCUUCGGCCUCUUCUGGGAGAGCAAGCGGCAACCCUUCCCGGACUUGGACAAAAGACACGCGAUGCUGGAAAAUAGCGCAUUGACAUUGGCAUAUAAGAUACGUACAAAAGAACUUAAAUCAGAAGAUUUGGUUAAUGCGUGCAUCGAAAGAAUUAGGAUUGUAAAUCCCAUCUUGAAUGCAGUAACAGACGAGAGGUUCGAGGAAGCGUUGAAAGAUGCUCGUGAGGUGGACAAUAUGAUUGAGGAGGGCCUGUCAAGGGAGUAUUUUAAGAAGAGACCUUUCUUGGGUGUACCGUUCACAACAAAAGAGAGCACAGCCGUUGAAGGCAUGCUGAACACGCUAGGCCUGGUCUCCAGGCGUUACACGCGCGCCCACGAGGACGCCGAAGCGGUCAGACUGAUGAAGGCUGCUGGUGCUAUACCCUUGGCGGUCACCAACGUGCCAGAGGUCAACAAAUGGCAGGAGUGCCGCAACAUGUUGUUCGGUCAGACCAACAACCCGCACCACGCGGGGCGCUCCCCGGGGGGCUCCAGCGGCGGCGAGGCGGCGCUCGCGGCGGCCGCGGCCACGCCCAUCGCCCUAUGUUCCGACAUCGGCGGCUCCACUCGAAUGCCCGCAUUUUACUGCGGCCUGUUCGGCUAUAUCCCCACGGCCGGGUGUACAAAUCUAAGAGGCGUGGCGCUCCGCACUGGCGAAGCGCCAUCUAUGGCGUCAAUAAGUUUCGUCAGCAGACACCUGUGGGACCUGGCGCCGCUCACCAGGGUCGUGGCCGGGGAGAAGGCGGAACUCCUCGGGCUGGACAGGGAUGUCGCUAUCGACAAAAUCAAAAUUUACUUCACUGAGACAGCUCAAGACAUGAGAGUUAGUCCCAUCAGUGCCGAGCUAAGGGACAUUAUGAGAAAAGCGAUUGCGGUAUUAGCUAAUUUAGCGCCAUCUGGCGAGAACGCGCCGAAGCCGUAUUACCAUGAAGGAUUCAACCACAUGUACUCCCUUUGGCGGCACGCGAUGACAAAAGAGGUUGACAGCUUCCCCAAACUCCUCGCUAACAAUAAUGGUGAAGCGAAAGCGAUUGUUGAGUUGCCAAAAAAGCUCCUAGGCCUUUCACAAUUCACAUUGGCGGCCAUUUUGAAGUUAGUGGACGAGCAAAUCCUUCCUCAGGUUAAUAAGGAAUGGGCGGAACAGCUGACUGAGGAGUUGAAGCAAGAUCUUCUUAGUACACUGGGCACUGACGGCGUUUUGGUGUUCCCCAGCGCACCGUCAGUGGCGCCCUAUCACUACACACUGCUGUUGAAGCCGUUCCAUUUCGCUUACUGGGGUAUUUUCAACGUGCUGAAAGUACCAGUUGUUCAGGUUCCCCUGGGAUUGAAUAAGAACGGUCUCCCUCUGGGCUUGCAAGUUGUGGCCGCGCCUUACCACGACCAUCUCUGCCUGGAGGUCGCAAAACACCUGUCAAGUGCUUUAGGUGGUUCCAUACCCCCUUGGAUGUCUAGAUUUUGUAGAUAAAGUUUUUAUAAAAUAAAUUAAAAAAAAAAUUUUUUUUUUUUUUUGUAAAUAAUAUUAGUUUGAACAAGUGUUAUUUGUGUUUGUGGUUCUUUAUAUUGUUUUUUUUUUUAAUAGUUCAAGAAAGUUAUGAUAUUGAUUUUUUUUUUUUUUGUACUAAAAUAUUAAUUCUCGAUGUAUAAAUGCUCAAUAUUGUCGUAAGCGUAAUUAACACAAGUGAUUUCUUUACUAUAAAACUAUUUCUUAUAUUAAAAAAAAAUAUUAUUUAAUAUGUAUUAUUAUAGCAUAAAAUAUUGUUUUAUAUUUUUAAUGUUAUUAUUCGAGAUAUAAAGAGCUUAGAAAAAAAGACAUAAUAAUAGAAAACAAUAAUUAUUUUCACGAUGAUAUGCCCUGAAAUCGAACCCGGGACCUGUGGUCUAAAGUCUUGUUUGUCUCUGUAUCAAAUGUCAAAAAAAAACAUUCCAACAAUUUUUGCACAUUCAUAGAUUGUCACAGUAUUUUCACGAAACUGA